CGGACUUCUAACGCGACUCGAACUCCUACGAGCAACCCUUAAAAGGCCACCCCUGCUUUCUCCCUCCUGUUGUUCUCUCUUUCUGGCGCCGGUUUCCUUUCAUUAUCGCCGCCAGAAAACGUAGCUGGAUAGCCCGCUGGAGUCAAGUGUGGCUGUGCAACAAUGGUGGGAGAAGAUGUCCAUCACCAGGGGGGGAAGGAUUAAAUACGCGCAAGCGUCCACGUCUUAAACUCCAACAACCAGAAGAGAUAGGGAUGGCACUGAUUAAUCAAUAUAAGGACUUACAGGUGGAUGAUAUCUACUAUCAGCCCCCAUACCCUCCUGGAUUGAACUUUGAGCCGAGGGAUGAAGAACUUAUAGAACACUAUCUCAAGCCCAAAGUUCAUGGCGAAAAUGUUCCAUGCAACAUCGUCAUUGAUGCAGACUUAUAUAAAUAUCAUCCAAAAGAACUUGCAGAGAAAUUCAAGUCAUUUGUGAAGGAUACUUGGUAUGUUUUCACCUCAAGAAUUCGCAAGUAUGCCAAUGGAGGUAGGCCUAAUCGCUCAGCCGGAUCGGGUUACUGGAAGGCUACUGGAUCAGAUCAAGAAAUUGUAGAUAAAGCUGAACAGCGAAUUGGAUAUAAGAAAUCUCUGGUUUAUCAUGAAGGGAGGCAACCAUCAAAGGACAAAACAGGUUGGAUGAUGCAUGAAUAUAGGAUUGACGGAUCCCAUAAGCGUGCUAAUCCUGAAGACAAAACUAUGCUGCUGGACAAUUGGGUUUUAUGCAAGAUCUACUAUAAGCCGAUUCACCAGUCAGGAGGCUCAAGGGAUAAUGGUGCUGUUGAAAAGGAUACUUCUUUGGAGGAAAAUGUUGAAGGAAACCCUAAAAUGCAACUCGAAGAAAACCCUACAGAGCAACCCAAAGAAAACCCUACAGAGCAACCCCCACAGAACUCUGAGCCGCUCGCGGAACCCCCUGAAGAAAACCCUACAGUGCAAACCCCACAGAACUCUGAGCCGCUCGCGGAAUCCCCACUUGAUCUCCCUUUUGUUGAUUUCCAUUUCAUGGGCAGCCCAAAAUAUUAUGCUAUGGGUCUACUUUAGCCCAAAUUUCCUUACAGAUAGUAUAGGUUUUCUUUUUCUUUUUUCUUUUUUUUUUUUUAAAAGCAUCGGACUGCCCCUAAUUUUUAUUCUUUAGCAAUUUAAAUCUUGUUCUUUGAUAUUUAGUUCAUUCAAUUUUUCUUUUAUAGCAAUUUAAAUCUUGUUCUUUGAUAAUUGGUUAAUUCACUACUUGGUUGAACA